AUGUCCGGCCCAACAUCAAAUCCGGAUUGGAACACCAGUACUGGCAGCCCCGCCUACGGCACCUUCCCUCGACCAAGGUUGACCUCCGACUACAGCAGUCGCGACAGUGUCGACAGCACUGCUGUACACAGCAAUGGCGGCGAUGUGUCUCCCAAGCGAAGACCCUCGCCAGAACAGCGUAAAUCCUCGCGACACAUAGAGUUCCGCAAUCACCUUCGGCGACCGCAUCUCACAGAUACACAACGGACCUUGAGCGAUGCUUUACGUGCUGCAAAGAGUAGGGAAGAACAGGAGACUUUGCUUCCAGAUGAUGACCAUGCAGGCUCUGACGGCUGCUUCGACGGAAAUGGUGAGCCGGUCGGAAUAAGAGAGAUAUUUGCUCCGUAUCCGCAUUACAGAUUGAAGGUGUACUACAACAUUCAUCGCAUACGACGGCUCAUCUUAGCUGUGAUAGAGGAUCCGUACUCAACUGAGCAGCUAAGGGAACCACGGAUGAAUGUUUUGAUUGUCAAGCCUCUUGUCGAUCGACUUUAUGACGAGGACGAUAUCUCUAUCGUAUAUUGCCUUCUCGUCAAUCGAAUGCAGUUCCUGCGUGAGCAACAAUUCCAGCAACACCACCAGACCGUGGACCUCACUCGCGCGAACCUGUGCGAACUGGUUGCGAUGAAAGUCCUACGCCGUCAUGACGAAGAAAGUACUGGAAAGCCUGGCCUCUUGUUGCUUGCACAAGUCCUCGUGGCACCUUUUCAGCCAUUCCAAGGUGCUCCAGAGGACGUUUGUCCACCCCGGCACAUCUCGGAAUACCAAGGCCAAGGGGAUUACGAAGGCAAGCUGACAGCUUUAGAGGUUGCCAUCGUCUCUGAAAGCAAGGUGCUUCUUAGUAGCUCUGCAAGCCAGAAGGUGAUCGAUGCUGUGUACCGAGGGCGCAUUGUGUACACACCGACCACUUUCAUCGACAUCAUCCCGGAUCACUAUAAGUACAAGCCAAUAUCGUUAUAUGAUCCUCGCAAAGCUCCGGUGCUGAAUCAAUACCGUCUCAUGGUACCUCGUACACGAAACAUCAUUGAAGUCGGGCAGUUUGCCAUCCUCCUUGCCUGCUAUUGCUGGUGCAUGCAUGAGCGUGUUGAUCACACACUUACAACAGCCGAAGUUGUCUUCUUGCUAUACGGAGGUGGUUGGGUGCUUGACGAGCUAAUCUCGUGUGUGGAACACGGCUGGGAAGUCCACACACAAGAGCUCUGGGCAUUCCUUGACGUCACCUUCUCUGUUAUAUACAUCAUCUAUUUCUGGAUGCGUGUGCACGGUUGGGUUCUCGGCAACGAUGAGACAGGCAGACAAGCACUGGACGUUCUGGCGAUAGCGUCGCCUAUCCUCUUUCCACGUAUUGCCUUCAACCUCAUGCCGGAGAACAUGCUCUUUAUCGCCCUGCGAGCGAUGGUCAAGGAGUUCACCGCGCUCAGUCUCAUUGCCUUCUGGUGCUUCGGCGGCUUCUUGCUUGCGCUCAAGUGGCUUAGCAUGAGCAACCCCGCAACGGAUGCAGAUGCUCCCAAUGUCAUCACCAUCUCCAAAUGGAUGCUCUGGAUCUGGUUUGGUCUUGAUGGUACUGGUAUCGAUGAAGCACCUACGUUCCAUGAGAUCCUCGGCCCAGUACUGAUGGUCAUCUACGCAUUCAUUGGCAACACGCUGUUUUUGACAGUGUUGGUGUCUAUCCUUUCGAAUAGCUUCUCCAAAAUCGCUGCCGACGCAACUGCAGAGAUUCAAUUUCGCCGUGCGGUCAUGACAUUCGAAGGCGUAAAGUCCGACACACUAUUCGCCUACCGACCGCCUUUCAAUCUGCUCGCCUUUGUGGUGUUGCUCCCUUUGAAGUUCAUACUAUCACCUCGUUGGUUCCACAAGAUCAACAUCACAGCAAUUCGUGUCCUCAAUGCACCAUUCCUACUCGCGAUUGCCUGGCACGAGCGUCGCACCCUAUGGAAGUCGACACGCAGACGCAGUAUCAGUGGACCUGGACCCAGCAAGCGCUCUAAAUGGCUGUUUGACGGCGGCUUCUGGAGCUUGAGCAAGAUGAAUCCGCACGCCGAUUUGCAGACCGUCUUCGAGGAAGAGGCACCGCGAGAGAUCAUUGAAAGGAUGGAAGAAGAAGAUGAUCUGGAAGAUGCGAUCCUCGAGAACAGUUUUGCGGGCACAGCGGCAGGUGAUCGCAGAAGUAUCAGCCCAGGAAGCGUGUUGACGAGGCGUAGAAGGUUGAGCAGCGCGUGGCCGGGGCCGGUUCCUUGA